CGCUUUCCCUGUUCACAGUCUCAGAGAUAUAUAGAUAUAUUUCCUGCACCUCCGGCUACUAUCAACCGGGUCUAAAGGCUGGGCCACCACACGGCAGAAGGGCGACCAUCAUGGGAUCGCAAGGCUGUGAGCUGCAGGGGUGAGCAAGAAGGUGAAGCAACUUCUGUGGGUGGUGUUAUUUACUUGUGGGAGACUUGCAUGCAUGAAUGAUGUUACCAACCAGGCUUGAGGUGGGAGAGCAUGUGGGGGGAGGGAUAAAUUUACUCGAGAUAUUCCAUGCCGACGGUGCAAGAUUACUUCUCUUUCUUGCACAGUACUCUCUCUCUCUCUCUCUCUCUCUCUCUCUUCCCCUCUUGCUUCAGGUACAAACCUGAGCUUAUAUCUGAUCUAUCUUUCUCUCUCUCUGCUCUGUCCUUUGGGUGUUAACUAUUCUUAGGCACAAAGUAAGCCUCCCUGACAACGCAGCAUCUCGUUUGUUUUAUCAUUUGCCAUCUCUUCUCUCUCCUCUUUCUCACAUCAUCAUCAGCAUCAUCAUCUGCCCCCCUCCCUCGCCUUCUUUCUACUCCCUGGCAUUCCAUUAUCUCUUCUCUCUUUCACGUUGUUGGAUCUUUCUUUCUCUCCCACUCCCCUUCGUGUUCUUCAACCUUCACCCCCCACCCCCCAACCCUCCCCCCGCGCGGGGGGUCUGUUGCAUGGUGAGCUGAAUUACUCAGCGUUUUGUUAGGAGAAGAGGUAUUAGUUUUCUGUCUAAGCUGGGUUUGGAAUUGGAUCUCUCUCUCUCUCUCUCUCUCUCUCUCUAUCUCUCUCUCUCUUUCCAGUUGUUCGUGCUCCCAUCUUUUUCACCCCUUCAUGUACUGGGUUCCUUUUCCAAUUCUCCGACUGCGCCAAUCCCCACUUCCUCCCCUCUGUCUCCCCGCUGAGGUGUGAGAGAGAGAGAGGAGGAGGAGGAGGGAGUCGGUGUACCGAUCAAGCCACGCACUGUGGUAAUAGAGAGUAGCGGAUUGCUCAAAAGCGUAGAAGAGGAGAGCAAAUAAUAAUAAAUCCAAGGACAUGCAGCAACAGCAGCAGCAGCAGCAGCAGCAAGGAGGGGCCACGUACGGGUUGCCGCCCUCCGAAAUGGCCCCAUUCUCGACCUCUGCGGUCGGCCCCGGGGCGCACCUGCUCGGAAUUCCCGGCCCCGAUCCCCUCCAGCAGCAGCAGCCGCUGGCCGAGACCGCGUCGCCCAUCAGCAGCCGACCACCUCCAGCUGGAAGCGCGCCCUCUGCCGAUUUUGACGAGCUAGUCCCCGCGGUGGCCGGCAACUUCCCCGACGACGUGGUCCUUGCGGCGGGCGACGACGCCGAGAGGGGUACCGGCGCCACCGCCAACCGAUGGCCGCGGCAGGAGACCGUCGCCCUGCUCAAGAUCCGUUCCGAGAUGGACGCGGCCUUCCGGGACGCCACCCUCAAGGGCCCUCUCUGGGAGGAGGUCACCAGGAAGCUGGCGGAGUUGGGCUACAAGAGAAGCGCCAAGAAGUGCAAGGAGAAAUUUGAGAACGUGCACAAGUACUACAAGCGCACCAAAGACGGCAGGGCCGGACGGCAGGACGGCAAGAGCUACCGCUUCUUUAGUCAGCUAGAAGCCCUCCACAGCGGCAGCGCUGCCGCCUUUCCUCCUCCUGCCGUCGCUGCUUCGUCCGCCUUCAGUGCCGCCAUGGCGGGCCCACCACCCGGGAGAGCUCAGCCUAUCUCUUCCGUGGCCCCACCGACCAUGGCGAUGCCAACCAGGGCGGUUAUGCCCGAGAUGACCCCUCCCCUCGGUGGCCUCCAAGGAAUCUCGAGCCUGGCCACAGGCGGCGCCGCCGCCGCCGCCGCCAUGGGAAUCAGCUUCUCCUCGAAUUCGUCCUCUUCGUCGUCGUCCGAGUCUGACGAGGAGACGGAAGAGGCCGCGGAGAGACAGGAAGGGAGAAAGCGGAAGCACAGCGGCCGUGGGUCGGGAAAUAGCCGGAAGAUGAUGGCAUUCUUCGAUCGGUUGAUGAGGCAGGUGAUGGAGCGGCAGGAGGUGAUGCAGCGGCGGUUCUUGGAGGCCAUCGAGAAGAGAGAGCAGGACAGGAUGAUACGAGAUGAGGCGUGGCGGAGGCAGGAGAUGGCGCGGCUGAACCGCGAGCAGGAGGUCUUAGCGCAGGAGCGCGCCAUGGCGGCGUCACGGGACACCGCCAUAAUCUCCUACCUGCAGAAAAUAAGCGGCCAGACCUUCCGGGUGCCCGCCAUGCCUGCCACCCCCAUCUCCAUUGUGCCGCUUCCCCCCCAUCAGCCAUCGCAUGCUCCGCCGCCACAACCAGCGGCUCCCCAGCAACAACUACACCCCCCACCGCUGCAGCAGCAGAAACCGGUACAGCCACUCCCUCAGAAGCACGAGGUUCAGCGACACCUCCAAAGCAGCGAGAUCGCUCACCACCAGCCGUCGUCCGCAACGGAGUCUGUCCCAGGUUCGGAGCCUCAGGAUGCGGUCGGACGUGCGAACCUGCAGGAGGCCAUGUCGUCAUCCUCCCGGUGGCCAAAGGCGGAGGUACAUGCACUGAUCAAGAUCCGGAGCGCGCUGGAGUCCAAAUUCCAAGAUGCUGGCCCGAAGGGGCCACUAUGGGAAGAGAUCUCCGCCAGAAUGCAGCAGCUCGGCUACAACCGGAGAGCCAAGCGGUGCAAGGAGAAGUGGGAGAACAUCAACAAGUACUUCAAGAAGGUGAAGGAGAGCAACAAGCUUCGGCCCGAGGACUCCAAGACCUGCCCUUACUUCCACCAACUGGAUACCCUCUACCGCAACAGGCUCCUUGGAAGCAGCAGUGGCAGCGGCAGCGGCAGCACUGCGGGAAUUCAAGGGCAGCAGGGCCACGAAACCAAUCCCCCUUCCAGUCAGCAACAAGGUAACGCGCUAACGAUCAUGCCACAACAGAAGGCAUCACCACCACCGCCACAGUCACCGCAGCAGCAGCAACCUGCCACAGAGGUUGAAAGCAAUAAUGGGAAGAGCAGCAGCGACAACAAUCAAAACGGUGGGAACUCCGAGGGUGGCGAGGGUCCAGGUGGUUCAGAGGUACCGACUAGCAACGGAGAGCUCUCCCCGAGCUUCUUCGAUGUGGGAUUGAAGAAGCCAGAAGACAUUGUGAAGGAGUUGAUGGGGGAACCGCCACAGCAAUCUGUGAUGGACGACUACGAAAAAUUGGACGAAGCUGACAGCAUCAACCUCGACCAAGACGACGACGAAGACGACGACGACGAUGACGAGGCUAGAAAAAUGCAGUACAAGAUACAGUUCCAGAGGCAAAACGUGAGCGCCGGAGGCGGAGGGAACGAAUCGGCGGCCGCAGCGACUGCAGGCUCCUUCUUGGCCAUCGUCCAAUAGAUUCUACCGACAACCAUCCAUGACCGUACAUGCUGCUUUCUCCUCCGUGCAUGCAUCCUCACCACUACCACCACCACCAACAUAAUCCCAAUUCUGUGCGUCUUAUAGUCAUCUCAUCAAUCCGUCCUUUGCAAUUUAUUGAUUUGUUUGUGGAAUAAGAAUCCUCGCCGGGCCAACGGCGAGGGCAGACGUUGACCAGCGGAGGUAAUAACACAGCAAGCAUUCACUACUAGUGGUAGAAGAGAGUCUUAGAGACAGAGAAAUAAGGAGAAUUCUGUAUUGUGGAGUAUACAUGGAAAUGUGGUAAAUCAGAACAAAAAUUGUCAAAAGAUCUCACUGUCUCAACAUCUCAAAUCUCUCUUAUCUACUUCACACUACAAUUUUAGUUCCUGUACUGUGAGAGAAAAAGUAGUAGAACAGCUUUUCUACACUGUUUCUCUCUCUGUUGAUGAUUUGAUGUGCACUGUCACAGUGAUUCUUGA